AUGGCGUCCAUCAAGUUCCAACAAAACAACAUGACCCGUUCCGUGCUAAUUUUCACCCAUGCUCACAAGCCGAACCAGUUCACAUGGAAUACCAUUAUAAGAGGUCUCUCCAUUAGCAACACUCCACAACGUGCUAUUUUCAUUUUCGUGCAAAUGUGUCGAGAGUUCAUCCAACGACAGAGUUUCACUUACGCUUUUGUGCUGAAGGCCUGCGCCCGUUCCCAUGCGCUCGAGACGGGGAAGGCCAUCCAUGGUCUCGCCGCAAAGAGUGGGCAUGUCUCUCAUAUCUUUGUUGCCACCACAGCAAUCCACGCCUACUCUACAUGUGGCGACUUGAAUUCCGCGGAGAAGGUGUUCGACGAAAUGGAUACUCGGAAUGUUGUUUCUUGGAAUGCUGUGAUCUCAGGGUACGUGCAGAAUGGCCUGCCGGAUGAUGGAUUGAGGCUGUUUGGUUGGAUGUGGUCGGAGGGUGUCAGACCCAAUGAUGUGACUCUGAUUGGUGUGAUCUCCGCAUGCGCACAAAAAAAGGAGCUUGAGUUGGGGAGGUGGCUUCAUACUUAUGUUAAUGAGAACUGGGACGAAUUUCGGUCAAGUAUCAACAUUAGAACCGCUCUUAUAGAUAUGUAUGCAAAAUGCAGGCAAAUUGAUUUGGCGAGGCAGGUCUUCAAUGAGGCACAAAAGAGAGACAUUGGUAUGUGGAACGCACUUAUUGGAGGGUAUGUCUUUAAUGGCCAUUUCGAAGAAGCUUUGGAACUGUUCCAGAAAAUAGAAGCCGGAGAAUUGGAGCCGGACGAGCCAACAUUGGUUAGCACACUGCGUGCAUGUGCGCAUCUUGGGGCAUUGGACAUCGGGGAGAGGAUUCAUUCAUAUGCCAAAGAGAAAGAGAAGCGGUUCAUGUUCAACACAACUUUAGGUACUGCACUAAUUGAUAUGUAUUCAAAAUGCGGGUGCAUCACUAAGGCACGGGAAGUCUUCAACAGGAUGCAUUUACGUGAUGUUAUGGCAUGGACGUCCAUGAUUUGGGGGCUUGCUAUUCAUGGGCACGCGAUGGACGCACUUGAUCUCUUCUUGUUAAUGUUAGAUUCGGGUCCAAUGCCUGAUGGAAUCACCUUCAUAGGUGUUCUAUAUGCUUGUAGUCAUGCGGGAUUGGUUGACCAAGGAAUCCACUACUUUGAAGCCAUGAGAAACAAGUACCACAUUUCUCCAAAAAUUGAGCAUUACGGAUGCAUGAUAGACCUCCUUGGCCGGGCAGGCCGGCUUGAAGAGGCAUAUGAUCUCAUUCUUAGAAUGGAGAUGCAACCUAAUGCAAUCAUCUGGAGAGCACUUCUCAGUGCUUGCAGGUUGCAUUUGAGUAUCAAGUUCGCAGAGGUUGCCAUUGAGAAUCUUUUCAAAUUGCAAUGUGAUCACUGCGGAGACUAUGUGCUCCUCUCAAAUAUUUAUGCUUCCCAAGGGAGGUGGGACAAUGUGGAGAGGAUAAGAAGAAAGAUGGAAGAGGGGGGAAUAAGAAAGCUACCAGGUUUGAGCUUCAUUGAAACUAACAGUGAACCAACAACAGAGGCAUGGAUAGAUUUGAGAGGUCACCUAAUUGAUCAAACUGGAAAACGGAUGUGUGGAUGCUAUCAGUCUUAA